AUGUCGAAGCGCGGCUCAGGUGCCUCUGGCAACAAAUUCCGUCUUACUCUUGGUUUGCCCACUGGAGCCGUGCUGAACUGCGCGGACAACAGCGGUGCCAAGUCGCUCUACGUGAUCGAGGCAUAUGGCACGGGCUCGCACCUGAACCGUCUCCCCGAUGCGGGCGUCGGUGAUAUGGUUGUUGCAUCAGUGAAGAAAGGAAAGCCAGAGCUAAGGAAGAAGACCAUGCCCGUUGUUGUUGUCCGACAGCGCAAGUCGUGGCGUCGGCGAGAGGGUCUUGUACUCUACUUCGAGGACAACGCCGGAGUGAUUGUAAAUCCGAAGGGUGAGAUGAAGGGCUCGGCCAUCACAGGGCCAGUAGCAAAAGAAUGCGCCGAUUUGUGGCCACGUAUCGCGGCGAAUGCGGGCACAGUCGUAUGA